AUGACAUUAAAUGCACCACUUUCGCUUUCACUGACAGUCCCCUCGAACACUGUACAGUUUCUUUCCCAGGAAACCACAACUCUAAUAGUGAAAAACUUGCCAAAUUUUUCUGAACCUCAUUUAAGAGAUUUUCUUAGUCAUUUUGGCGCUUGUAAAGUGAGAAUACUUAAUUCUCAAAAACUGAAAAAUGCAGCGUUUUUAGAUUUUACAGAUCGAGCGUCUGCCAGUACAGCUUUUGCAAAAAUACAAAGAUUGGAUGAAAUUGGGGGAAAACGGAUCAGAGUAGAAUAUGCAUUGCCAAGUAAAGAGGCUUUAAGGAAAGGAAAGGAAAAGGAAACAGAAGAUAGAGGAGCAGACAAAGCUGUAAAUUCAAAUAAUUUUGAUGACAAAGACUCACAUCAACAACCUCUUCCGCCUUUACCGCCUGUUCCGCCACUUCCAUCAGAAGGUGGUGAAUCUAUUUCCACAGCUUUAGGAAUAAAUUAUCCAUCAAACCCCAAUUUGCAUUAUCGAUAUCCACCUCCGACAAACGAAAUUCUCUUCAAUAUCAUGAGUGCGAUUGCUGCUGUACCAAAUUUGUAUACUCAAGUUUUGCAUUUAAUGAAUAAAAUGAAUUUACCACCACCUUUUACUGCUGUUAUGCCCGAGUCGAUACCACCUUUGUUAAAAGAUCAGUUCCCUGAGUUGCAAGGAGACGGAAGUAAUAAGAAACGUAAAAAACGGGAUGAACUACUUGCAAGUGAUGAAUCCGAGAUCGAAAGUGAAGAUGAAGAGGAGAAGAGAAUCAAGAUACAAGGAUCUAACAAAAGACCUAAAACCGUAACUGCACCUGUUAAAGAAUUAAGAGCUGAUUCGUUAUACUCAAAUAAGACUUUUCCACAACCUUUUCAACCGACACCUGUUGGGACAUUUAUUAUACCAUCACCGUUGCCGCCACAUCCAAUUGUAUCACAAUCUAUGGAAUCUCUUAAUAUAGUUGCUCCAAUUUCUAAUAAUUCUCAACCAUAUUUGGCUACACAAAAUAAUAAACCUACAAAUAUUAUCGUGGAACCUUCACCGCCACCUCCACUACAAACAUCAAAACCACAACCACCUUCACUUCCAGCAGCACAUAAUAAAUCAAUGUCUACUUCAUAUGAUGAAUAUAACAAAGAAAUUUCGACAAAGACAGAUCUUGCGUUCGAUUGCAUUUCAUAUGAAGAAAUUAAUUCGAACAAAAUGCCAGAAGAAGAGCUGCAAAGUAUCGCAGCAAUGAAAAAGUAUACACGCGGAGAACCCUCAGCCACACUUUAUAUUAAAAAUUUGGCUCAGAAAAAAGUAGAAUCAUAUGAUCUAAAACGAAUAUUUGGAAGAUACUUUAAAUCACAAGAAGAAAUGGAAAGCCAAUUGGAUAUCAAUUUAUUGAAAGAAGGACGAAUGCGGGGACAAGCUUUCGUUAAAUUCCCGGAUGUGAAUUUGGCAACCAAAGCACUUGACGAAGUUCAUGGCUAUAUAUUAUAUGAUAAGCCGAUGGUCAUUCAAUUUGGACGAGGAUCUUGA